AUGGACAGAUUGUAUUUAAAUGGCGCUACACUGUUCCUCGCUGCUCUAUCCAGCAAGAACUCCAGGGCAUACGCACAUAUUAACUUGGAUAACAUAAAGAAACUGAAUAUGACCACAUGGUACGGCAGUGGGUACACCUUUGCUAACUUCACCAAAGACAAAGGGUGGCUUCUUAAUGAAGGAAACGCGCGGUGCACAUUUAGAGGUGAAGAUUGCAAUAUUACUGCGGACUUCAAACACGUAUUUACCGAAUUUGGAAACUGCUACACAUUUAAUAGUGGUGAUGAUCCAUCGAGAAACUUGUUCCAGGACCAAGCAGGUAUUGGCAAUGGCCUCCGAAUAGAAAUUAACAUACAGCAGGAACAAUACACAAACUUAAUACUCAGAGGAGACGCCCCUGAUGCUGGAAUAUUGUUCCAUGUUCACAACCAAUCAGAGCCAGCGUCCGUAGAGACAGACGGUAGAGCCGUCGGGCCAGGGUUGCAUGCAUAUGCUGGUCUGACCCGAUCUGACUUUGCGACAUUACACCCACCGUAUGGACAAUGUAACGAGACAGCUUCCCUGGAGUUCUACCCUGUCUAUACCAUGUCUGGCUGUGUCGUGGAGUGCAAGCGGAAGCAUAUUCUGCGGCACUGUAACUGUAGGCUGAUGGAACAUCCGGGUAAUGAACCUGUUUGCGGGUUGAUACGUAUACUGACAUGCGUCAAGCCUCUAUUGGUCAACCUGACACAAGACUUCACUGGUAUGUGCAGUUGCUCUGUGCCGUGUAGCAGCGUGGUAUACCAGACUGCGCUCUCGUAUUCCCUCGUUCCCAGCGAGAGCACAAAAGUGGAGGCCUCAAACACGCUCGGGGUGGCGGUAGAUGAUGCAAGGAAGAAUUAUAUCAUCUUAGACGUGUAUUUCCAAAGUUUGAAUUAUCAACAAAGCGAACAACUUCCAGCAGUGGAGUGGACCGCACUUAUUAGUGAUAUCGGAGGGCAGUUCGGUCUCUUUAUGGGGUUCAGCUUGCUCACUGUUGUUGAAUUUAUAGAAUUCGCGAUAAUGAGCGUUGUGACUUUGACUGCUGCAAAAAGGUCACAGAACAAGGUCAAAGGUCACGACGCGAUUCAUGGAAAGGGAGACGAAGUGCCAAAGUCUUCCAAAACAGGACGUAUUGGCAUGCAGGGAGAUUUUGUUCAAGUGCAUGAAAUAUUCUAA